CAGUCUCUGUUUGCUGUUUGACCAAAAGUCAUGGACCAACUAACCAGUGAACAAACGUGCAGCGUUCAUUCCUGCCAUCUGCUGCUGCUGCUGCCGGAUCGUCGCGAAAUCUGCCCAGAAAUCAGCACAUCUGAUGAGUUAAUUUAGCAGACCGACUGCAGGGGCUUGUCACAUUGAGCAUAGAGUCAACCUUCAGUCUUUUGUGGUCAGACCCUGUGUUCUGGGUUCAAAAUGGCCUCGGGGCAAGGAGACAUUCCAGCACUUGAGUCUGGCAUGUCUGGCCUCUGUGCUGCCUUAUCAUCUCCCACUGGAAUAGCUUGCCACAACAUCAGCUACGAUGAGCACAUGGAUACCCCGAUGCAUCACCCCCCUGCAGACAUGACAGUCAACAUCUUCUGGAAAGAUCCCAUCAUCCCUCGGCACAGGUUCAGGAACACAGCCGAGGUAAGUGAAAAUGGUGGGAAGAUAACAACAUGUGAAGCAUCAGAAUCACCCAGGUCCCCAUUGCCUGUGAAAGCCAAAGCCACCACACUGAUGAGUACCCUUAUGUCACGAAAAUCUCAGGAAAACAUGCAGAAGUUUGAGCACCAGGCCGGACUGGCUGAGGCUGUUUAUUCCCCCCACAAGGGUCUCACUACUGAGGACAACCACUUUUACCGACUAGCUGAUGGCAAACUGCCAAAGCUGAGGAUGCCAAGCGGGGACUUCAAGGAGGACAGGCUUUCAACAUCUGCACAAUCGACCCCAAGUUGCACCCCUCCAGUCACUCCCUCUGUUACCCCUAGUGUUACUCCCCUCUCAUCACCAGCUGCUAAUCGCAGGAACUGGUUCCAGCUGAGUUCAAACCCUUAUCUUGCUGCUCCAGAGCCCAACAGACCCAACCCUAUCACAGACAUGGGUGGAAAUGAGGGAGGAGGAGGAGGAUUAGAUAAGUGGAACUUCUUUGGAACCCGGUCUGUGGUACACAAAUCCCCCACGGAUCCAGGCUCUGAAACCAGCACAGGCUUCUCACUGCAGUCCUACUUCGGUCUGCAGAAGUCCUCUACGAUGGAUGGCACCAACACACAGAUCAACCUAAAAGUGGAGGACCCUGCCAACUUCAUACCUCCCAAGAUUGAAAUCUCAGACACUGAGCGUAAGCUGGUUUAUCCACGACCACACAAGCUGAAACCCCGGGACAUGAAUGUUUUAACACCUUCGGGUUUUUGAACCCAGACCAGAUCUCCAUUUCCCUUUUGCCCUCUACAUGGAAAAAAUUACUUUUCUGUCUUCUUCUGCCUCCUCUGCUUCACUGCAAAUUCCCAGAGGCUGAGAGGAAUGAGGACCACCUUACAGUAUUGGCUCAUCAGCCCUGCAAUGUUACAUCUCCCAGCACACCUUUUCAUAUUUCUGCUUCCUUAAUCUACCCACUCAUCAGGCCAUUUAAAUAAUAAUAAAAAACUAAAUAAGCAAUUUCAUCAGUGACCUUUAAAAUGCUGUGUUUUAUUGAUGUGUCAUUUAGUGGGUGCAUUGGAAUGAACUGUCCUGAUCCAAUUAUUUGCAGUGGUUUGAGAUUGGAAGUUAAACAUCUUGUCUGAUCUUUGCAGAAGUUAGUCACUUUAAAACCGAACCCCCAUUUUAAUUUACUCAGAUGCCUGUAUUGUAAUUUUUUUGUUGUAAUUUUGAAUAAGCUCAUAGCUUUACUGUUGUGUAGUGCUUCUUUCUCUCUGUCAGCAUGGUGUAUGACUGACAAUGUGCCUAAACUUGCAGCGUGCUUACGUUUGGCAUAAAAGUGGAGUCUUUGUUUUUUAUUAUUUGAAAGAGUGUUUUAUGGUACUCUGAAAUACGACUUGUGAAUUGAUUUUUAUGUUUUAAUUCCUUUAUUUUCACAUUGUCCUGCUUUAAAUCAUGUUUAUUUUAAGGUGGUUGGUAGUAGUAAUAUUUUUGGAUUAAUGGCACAAUAACAAGCUACUGCAAUGCUAGAAAACAAGCUAAAAAUAACAUUAGCAUUGAAUUGGUGCGUUUCCUUUAAGUUUUUUUUAUUUGUGUUUGUGUAUCCUAGAAAUCAGCUGGAUUGAUGGAAAGUUAAACUCUGCCAAAUUAUUGCACAAGGGAGCAGAUCGCCUACUGGCAUCUGAAUAAUAAAUCAUUCAUAACAAA